AUGCCCGCGCAAAGCCCAAAUAAAAAGUUUACUUCAAAAUCAUCGAAAUCAAAGAGCGCUUCCAAGAUCUCGUCAGUCCGGACUGAUAACAAAAUUUUCGGUGUAGCAAAGACAACAACAAAGGGUAAAAAGGUUCAUUUCGCUGGUGUUCAACAUGUCGCGAACAAGAGCGGGAAAAUGUCGGUUGGUAAGAAAACCCCUUCGAUCAUGAAACGCCCAACAAAGAAAAUACUGAGGGAAGAGAUUGAAGAAGAAUCGGAGGAAGAUUUUGAAAGUGAAAAUGAGGGUUUUGAGGAGAUCCACGAAAGUAGUGGUUCCGAGGAGGAAUCGGAAAACGAGAAUUUGGAAGAGAAUCAGAUGAAUCUUAGUUCAGAGGAGGAAGAAGAACCAAGUGGCGAGGAUAUUGAUGGCUCCGAAUCGACUGACGACGAAAAUAAUUUAAGAAAAGAUGUCAUAAUGACUGGAUCCGAUGGUUCAAAACUGUCUGGUGAUGAUGGCGGAGAUCUCGAUAGUGAAAAACCGGCUGCCAAACGAGUCAAGAAGGAAAAACCUAAUCAAGCACGAAUUAAGGCGGCAUUUGAUCGUAAAAAGAAGGGUGAUCGUAAGCUUGAUCCUGAAUAUAGAUUGGGACUUAAAGAAUGUUGGGAGUUUGCGCGUAAAAUAGAAAUCUCUCCUGAAGAGAGAAAGAAUUAUUUAAAGGAACUAUUUGAAUUGAUCGAUGGAAAUAUACCAGAAUUAUUAUUUAAACACGACACUUCGCGGAUUAUUCAAACUGGAUUAAAGUAUGGCACUAAAGAACAAAUAAAUAAGAUUGCAGAUGAACUGGAAGGUCGAUGGUUAGAGGCAUCGAAGAAUAAGUACGCGAAGUUCGUUGUUCUCAAAAUUAUGCGGUGUUGUCCCAAAUAUAGAGACAGGAUUUUAUCCGAACUCGAAGGAAAUGUUGCGAGAUUAAUGAUGCACGCCGAAGCUCGCAGUGUCGUUCUCGAAGCCUAUGAACUUUCAAAUGGGAAACAAAGAUUUUCUUUGAUUCAGGAAUUCUACGGUCCAGAAUUUAAGUUGUUUGGGAAAACAAAGUGCCUUAGCAUUGACGAGCUUGUGGCCGAAGAUCCUUUGACCAAGGACAGAAUUGUAGAAAGUCUUUCCAUCGCGAUACAAAAUUUCAUGAAAAAGCCUGAGCUAUUACGUUUCAUCAUUCCUCAUCGAGUUUUACUGGAUUUUUUCACGUAUGCCAAUGAGAUCAAGAUACGCUCAACGAUAGAAUUGAUUGGAAAACAUGUUCCAGAGAUUUUGCAUACCCGAGAGGGUGCAAGAGUUGCAAUGAUUUGCUUGACUCACGCAAGCGCAAAGGAACGUAAAAUUAUAUUACAAUCAAUGAAGGAUUAUGUUAAAGACAUUUGUUGCGAAGAAUAUGGUUAUCUGGUAUUGUUAAGAGCAUUUGAUGUUGUUGAUGACACCGUCUCAUUAACCAAAUAUAUUAUUGACAAAAUAGUUAAACCGGAUUCUUUUGAGACCAUAUCGCAAAACAAAUAUGGGCACCGCGUAUUUUUAUACCUUUUGACUGGAAGGUCAAAAAUGUAUUUUAGCUUUGAUACGUUAAAAUUACUCUCACAGGACGACCAUAUUCGUGAAAAAACGAGUAAGAAGGAUCCAACUGUUAGAGCAAAUGAACUUCGCAAGGCCAUAUCUCCUGCCUUAAUAGAAUAUGCCAAGAACAACACCGCUCAUAUGCUAUCUAAUUCUUAUACAACACAACUUCUUUUCGAAACGAUGCUUUGUGGAGAAUCUAGCCUUGAAGAAAAAAGACCAACUUUGGAGAAUAUAUCGAAUAUAAUAAGCGAGAAAAAAAGGGACGAUAAAGAUAAUAUUAUGACCACAUAUGUUAAUCGGUUUCUUAAAGUAUUGGUUCAGGGAAGGCAUCGAAAAUAUCCCAAACAAACCAUUGCGAAGAAAGAUGAUCUGCCCGAAGGUAGUGAAUCCACAGUCAAUCGAGUUAAUCGAGAGACUCAUACCAUCGACGACAAGGAAGAGGGUUCUGGCGAUGAAAAAGCGGAAUUACAUUUUUCGCAAAUAUUAUUUAAUACCAUAAAAAAUGAUUUACUAUAUUAUUCAUGCCAUGUUACAGCAUCUUUUGUAAUAUUGGCAUUAUUGGAAGACGAAGAAACAAAAGAUGAAGUCAAGGGUAUUUUGACAAAGGGCAUAGAUUUAAUUAGAAAGGCGGCCCUUGAAGAUGAGAGAUCGGGCGCUUCGCUAAUUUUAAAAGUGCUUAACGAAUCGAUGUCACCCAAACAAGAAGUGGAGGAUAAAGUGAAAGGCACAAGAAAGGGAACGGUAAUUAAGCAAAAAACGAAAGCGAAUACAGUUGACAGUGAGAAAAAGGGUGGAGAAAAACGAAAGAAGCGCAAGAACCCUCUGUAA